AUGAGCAAUGCAUGUCAUCUGGCUGCCGCCCAAGAGCUGUUGGCAUUUGGCACUGCCACAGCACUGCUCAGUCAACUGACCUGGGCCUCCGCAAACUUCGUUCAAGCCCACACAGUGCUGCUGCUCUACACAUCUCAUCUGGCUGCCACCAAGCAGUGGCUGGCAAUUUGCGUUGCCACAACACUGCUGCGUCAACUGGCCUGGGCCGCCGCAAACUUCGUUCACGGCCACGCAGCUUUGUUGCUCCACGCACUUCAUCUCACUGCCGCCGAGAAGUCGCUCACACUUGGCAUUGCCACAACACUGUGCGGUCAACUGGCCGGGGCCUCCACAGGCCUCGUUCGUGGCCACGCAGCUUUGUUUUUGAAUGCACUGCAUCUCGCUGCCGCCAAGAAGUCUCUCGCACUUUGCGGUGCCGCAGCACUGCUGAGCCUGCUGAGAUGGGCCUCCGCAAACGCCCUGCUCAGGUACGCACUGCCAUUGACGAAAAGAGCCUCGGAGUGCAGCAGCCGAGGCCGCUGGCUUCGUCGUCGUGUUCUGAGCUGUGACGACGGCCAGGCAGCACGCAAUCAUCAGCUGACGAGCCAUUUGUGCAAAACCGGUGAGGUGCGACCAGGGAAGUCACGUGAAGCGCGGGCAGGAGGCUAUUUUGCUUGUACCUGUGAGCCCGAGCUGCGGACGGAGGUCACAGUCCCUUCUCUUGUGCAUCCCAUAUCCCUCGCCGCGGAGCAAAAGCAUCCGGUACCUCAUCGUUUGUGCAGCUCGCGAGGCGCAGCUGCCGUCUUCAGCCUCGAGCUCCAUUACCCAGAGCAUCACAGAGCCUGCCUAAUCAAGAUCAUGCAACCUGCAAUGGAAGUCAGCCUUGUAAUCUAG